CACAAUGCAUUGAGCACUGAUUUCGGGCACAUCAUACAUACAGCAUGUCUUCCACGUAGGAUCAACUGCCACCUGAUACCCUCCCCACGCAGCCACCCAAACCCAACUUCCUCAACUCCAUUGGCCCAAAAAAUCGCGCAACCAAGACCAAACUUGAGCCUCAUCGUCUAUUUAUCUCCAUAUCAAACUCAGCUCCACUACAAGACCAAUCUAUCUACAUGCGGACCACAAGCAGGGGGGCGGUACAACGCACAUCUCUCACAAUCCACCAAUCUCCAAACGCACGAACCCAAAAUCCAAAAAAGUCACGCCCCCUCCAUAAUGGCUAACCCGAACAAGCCAAACUUGAAGCGUAUUGAUAGCAGCAUACACGAGUUCGACACGGUUCAGGAUGCCGUGGCAGCUUUCAGCAACGGGGAAUUCGUCAUUGUGCUAGACGACACAUCCCGCGAGAACGAAGGAGACAUGAUCAUAGCAUCGGAGCACUGCACAGCCGAGAAAAUGGCAUUCCUAAUCCGCUUUUCCUCAGGCUACGUAUGCACGGCAAUCCCCGCGGAGCGAGCAGACACCCUAGCCCUCCCAUCCAUGGUUCAAAACAACAAAGACCCUCUGCAAACAGCGUAUACGGUAUCAACGGAUGCGGUGGUCGAGGGCAUGACGACCGGGGUGUCGGCGCACGACAGGGCGUUGACGGUGCGCUUGAUGGCCGAGGGUGAUGCGACUGCGGCUGACUUUCGGAGACCGGGGCACGUUCUUCCGUUACGGGCUGUUGAGGGGUUGGUGAGGGCUAGGAGAGGCCAUACGGAGGCUGCGCUGGAGCUUUGUAGGUUGGCGGGGAAGAAGCCGGCUGCGGCCCUGUGCGAGAUGGUGCUUGAUGGGCGGGUGGUGCGUGGGAAGACGGAGUUUGAGGGCGCGGGGAUGAUGCGGAGGGAUGAUUGUUUGGCGUUUGGGAAAGAGUGGGGGAUUAGAGUUUGUACGAUUCAGGAUUUGGUUGAGUAUGUGGAGGAGCAGGAGGGCUUGUAG